AUGGCAGACGCACUCUGCGGUCCUUCAAAUGCUCUACAGAACUUCCAGAAACAUGCUUCUGUAGACCGGACCCUUCAGCAGGAUAGGGCCUCUACGCGACAGCCUCCUGCGCAGGGAUUUCGCUCAAAUACAUCGUCCCAGGGACAACUAGAUGCAGCGUUCAAUGUUUUCGAAGCUGGUCACUCAGCCCCGUUGCUAGAUCAGCCCAAUAAUAUAAACACCUUCCUUCCUCCGCCUCCCCAGUUCGCGCCCCAGCCGGCUGCCGACGUUUCCAGCUGGGCUACUGAUUUCCAAAACCUACAUAUUGCCGGAACGCAGUUACAGCAACCACUACAUCAGAUCAAAGCUGAUACGCCUACAUUUCAAGCUAGCUUGGCUGGCCGUCACCAUGAGCCCGCGCAUGGGGUACAGCAAACCCCACAGUCAUCCAUCUUCCAUGGGAGUAUGGGUUACCGACCUGGAAUGGGCAUGUUAGGCAAUCCCGGAUUUGCUCGACCAGAUAAUUAUACUCCGGCCGCUACUGAAAGCUUGCAAAGCCAGCCGAAGCCAGCCGAAAUCUUCGACGAUUCUGCCUUUGAAGCGGCAUUUGCGGAGGCCCGCGCAGAAAUUGAGUUACAGGAAUCUGCACGGCAGCAGGAGAAUUUAGAACUAAAACCAGAUGUAUCAGAGGCAGCACCACUUGAGACUAUUAGAAUUGGUUCCGACAAUAUACCCGCCCAGCUUGAAGAAGGAAUGAACGAGUCUGAUGAACUAUCCAAGACCGCGGGAGAGCUACUUGACCGUGUGAGCCAUGAUCAAAGCCAGAAGUUCAAACAGAGCAACUUCCUUGCUUUGAUGAGACAACUCCGUGACCGCGAAAUUGUCGUCGAUGGUGACGAGUUCCGCAAAGUCAGUACUCACUCAUAGUUUCUUUCCUAUACGACCCGAACCAACCCACGCCACGUUCGUUAUAACUGCUGGUACUGGAAUUGAAACGUUGUCCCGACUUUCUACGAUCGUUUUGCGCCCAUACUAAUGGACCUUUCAGGUGCAACAGCCUUUACACCCCGGCGGACCCUUGUACCCGGAACAGAGCAAGAUAUCCGGAAGCCUUCCCGUAGAUCUAGACUCAGCAAAGCACAAUGGAACCAACUCUUCUCCUGGAGCUUGACUGCCAGAGAAUUCCUUAGGACUUCCACAACACCACCGCCCUUAUUUUCUUGAUAUGCGUGCCCCAUCAGAAGCCCCAGAUGAGGACAGUCAUCAGCUGCACGCAGACAAAGACCGUAAUUCCAUUUAUCAAAAGUUACUUUGGAAAUCCCAGCUUGUUGAUCACAGAACACCCAAUCCGCCUGAUUGUUUCUUCCGCACUGAUUUGGACAUUGACCUCCUUGGCUAGGCUCUGGCUUGUGCGUUCUGCUUUGGGGAUAGUCAGAGGAGUGUGAUGAGAAGCAGAGGGAAAGCGGGAGGAAGUGAUGUCCUCCAUAGACCUUUUAUCUUAGCAUUUUUUAUAUUGAAUACCCCCCUUAGCCAGAUGAGCGAAAUUCACUUGUUUCUCACUUCUACCCAGUAUUUCCUUGCUGAGGCCUGGAACUUCCGCUGCUCCAUUAGUUACAUCACCGGUGGGUAUAGUGUAGAUGACUGCAGCAGCUGGAGCAGGAAUCAUCAUGUGGGAGGCAACUAAGCUCCGGCUGCUGGGGAGUUUCCAUUAUUAUUACCUAGUUAUAUAAACUACCUAUUAUGGAGUUACCAACU